CUCCCUGCGGGAUGUGAGGAAACUUUUUUUCUCGUUGUUGUCGCUCCGAGUCGGAGAGCGCGAGCUGCGGCCGGGGACUACGGUGUGCCGGGACCCUCGCCGAAACCCCCUGGGGACAUGAGUGGGAGCCGUGGGCAGUGUCCUGCCGUCCUGUGAGGCAUAGAGAAUCCGCACUGAUCGCCAGGAUUUCUUGGGCCACCUAUUUUUCAGAAACUCACCCCCCCCCCUCCGCUCACGAAACCCGGUACUGGCCAGGUAUCGCUCCUAGACUUUCCUCCGUGUGUGUUUUGUGAUUACCGGCCCAGUCAUGGAUCCCGUGUCCCAGCAGCCUUCCUCCAUCGCGGACCUUCAGUCCCAUCCCCAGGGCAACCAGAUCGUGCACGUCCGGGGGGACUCGGAGACGGACCUGGAGGCGCUCUUCAAUGCCGUCAUGAACCCCAAAACGGCCAACGUGCCCCAAACUCUGCCCAUGAGGAUGAGGAAACUGCCGGACUCCUUCUUCAAGCAGCCAGAGCCCAAAUCCCAUUCCCGCCAGGCCAGCACGGACGGCGGAUCCGCCGGAGCCCUGACUCCUCAGCACGUGCGAGCCCAUUCCUCCCCGGCUUCCUUGCAGCUGGGAGCCGUUUCGCCGGCUGCGCUCUCCCCGCAGGGGGUGGUCACCGGCCCCGGACCCGCGUCAGCCAAUCAGCACCUCCGGCAACCUUCCUUCGAAAUUCCCGAUGACGUCCCUCUGCCGCCGGGAUGGGAGAUGGCAAAAACACCGUCUGGGCAAAGAUAUUUUCUGAAUCACAUCGAUCAAACCACCACCUGGCAGGACCCGCGGAAGGCGUUGCUCUCGCAGAUGAACGUCGCGCCGCCAACCAGCCCCGCAGUUCAGCAAAACUUAAUGAAUCCGACAGGUCCAUUGCCAGAUGGGUGGGAGCAGGCACUGACUCCUGAAGGGGAGAUAUACUACAUAAACCAUAAGAACAAAACCACAUCUUGGCUAGACCCGCGGUUAGAUCCACGUUUUGCUAUGAAUCAACAAAGGCUGAGCCAGAGCGCCCCGGUGAAAUCCCCGCCGCCGCUCGCUCCGCAGAGUCCCCAGACCGGGGUGAUGGGAGGUGGCGGCAACCAGCAGCAGAUGAGGCUUCAGCAACUUCAGAUGGAGAAGGAACGUCUUCGGCUCAAGCAUCAAGAACUGCUCCGGCAGGUGAGGCCACAGGAGCUAGCCCUUCGUAGCCAAAUACCCACCAUGGAGCAGGAUGGCGGGACCCAAAACCCAGUGUGUUCAACUGGAAUCACCCAAGAGCUGAGGACAAUGACCAUGAACAGCUCCGACCCCUUCCUCAACAGCGGCACGUAUCACUCCAGAGAUGAGAGCACGGAUAGCGGGUUAAGCAUGAGUAGCUACAGCGUGCCCAGAACUCCAGACGAUUUCCUUAACAGUGUUGAUGAAAUGGACACAGGUGAUGCAAUCAGCCAAAGUACUAUGCCCUCUCAGCCAAACCGGUUCCCAGAAUAUUUGGAAGCACUCCCCGGAACUAAUGUGGACCUUGGUACUCUAGAAGGAGAAGCGAUGAACGUGGAAGGAGAGGAACUGAUGCCGAGUCUUCAGGAGGCUUUGAGUUCUGAGAUCCUGAACGAUAUGGAGUCUGUCCUGGCGGCCACCAAGCUAGAUAAAGAGAGCUUUCUCACGUGGUUAUAGAGGCACCUAAAAACUGCUUGCAGAGAUUCAACGGGAUCUAAAGAUCCUCGGGGGGGCCUGCAUCUCGAGUUCAGAAAUAAGCUGCGUUGCAGACUGCUGUUCUUACACUACGAUGAACCGGAUCAGCGAGCAUUCAAAGACUUUUUCCAUUUUACUUUUUGUUUUUGUUUUUUAAACAUUUGCUCACCCUUUUUGCUGCUUCGUUAUUGCUGACAUUAUUUUCACACUUGAGAGCCGGAAGAAUCAACAACUAUUUUUCUUUUCAGCUGCCUGUUUUU